AUGAGACUAUCCCCCAACUUGAUCAUCUCUCUUCUACCCAUCCUGUGCCUCACACCAGCAUCGACUGCUCGUAAGGCUAAAAGAGGAUGUAAAGCCUCUUCAUCCCUGACAGACGCCAUUGGGGUUGUCAAUCUAGUUGCUGAACCCCCUAUCACUCCUACUAGCUCAGCGAUAACGGGUUUGGCAGUGGUACAGACAUCGGAGGUAAUAUCCUUGACGGACAACGUUAUUGAAUCUACCGAUUUACCUGUCUCCUCUACCUAUAAUGCUGUACCGAGUUCUACCGCCGCGAUUAUGUUCAAUAACACGAUGACGAGUGACAGCGCCGCUACAACGACCAUUGGAGUCAGCUCGAAUGAUCUCGUUUCACCCACGGUCUCCCCCACCACAUCCGGGACUACAAAUGGAUCUGCAAUUACCGGGAAUAAAAGUGGAAAGGCAGGAGUGGGAUGGCCAGUCCAAGAGGUCGAUUCAGCGCCGGUCGCUCAAUUCUUCACAUCGGAAUCUGCUGUCUCAUGGUGGUUCAAUUGGAACAAAAACUGGAAUCAAGGUGUAAUGACAUCUAAUGGAGUGUCUAUCGACGGGGAGUUCGUACCUAUGAUUUUCGGUCCUGCGUAUUUAGACAAUGAUGGUACGUUUCAAGAGGGUUUCACAGAAUUGAUGGGAUAUAACGAGCCUGAUUUGAAGUCGACUACGGGUGUCUCAGUUUACCUGGAGCCUGCUCAGGCUGCCGAGACAUGGAAAACACAAAUCGUGAAGAUUCGCCAGCAAUACCCGGAUAUCAAGAUUCAUUUACCAGUAGUGGCAUCAAACAAGACUUGGCUUCUUGAAUUCUUCAAAUCCAUCUGUCCUGAUGGCUCCGCCUCUGACGGAUGGGGCAGUUGUCAAUACAAACCUGAUUACGUAUCUGCGCACUUGUACACAACAGAUCUAGAGUAUUUUAAAGGUACUUUGGCUGGAUUCCAGAAGGAUUUCGGAUUACCUUUGGUAUUAUCUGAAUUCGCUUGUUAUAAAUUUGGCGAAGGUCCCCAUCCAUCUCUCGAAGAGGUCAGUACCUUCAUGCAGGAUACGAUGGAAUGGCUAGAUCAACAAGAUUGGGUGGUGAAAUACGCAUGGUUCGGUAAUGCUCGUAAUUCUGAAUACCUAUUUGGGGUAUACGAGACAAAUAGGUUGAUGGAUAUUUCUGGGGUAUUAACGGACUUGGGAAAACAAUAUGUGAAUGGAGGAAAGCCAAUUUCUUAG